AUGUCGACAGAAAUCUUCGUCCUUCCAGGCGAUCAUAUUGCUCCCGAAUUAUUACCUUCUCAUCCAAGUUUACCUUUGAAAGUUGGCCCAGGUUUGAGACAUAUUCCUCCAAAUACUAUUACUCCAACUGUAGCAGGACAAUUACGGACAGACUCGAGGAAGAAUGCGAUCUGGGUUGAAUUCAAUGCUGGUCGAUACAUUCCAACAGCAGGAGAUCUCGUAAUUGCUACCAUUAAAAAGUCAUCUGGAGAAGUUUUUUACGCAAACCUCAGUGAUUUCACAUCAGAUGCCACUUUACCACAGCUCUCAUUCGAGGGAGCUUCGAAAAAGACCCGACCACAGCUUGAAAAGGGCUCACUGGUCUAUGCACGAGUUACUCUUGCAAACAAACAUAUGGAUCCGGAGCUAGAAUGUGUAUCAGCGUCAACUGGUAAAUCGGAAGGUUUGGGACCUUUGACCGGAGGGAUGGUUUUCGACGUAUCUCUCGGUAUGGCAAGACGAAUGAUGAUGGCCCGCCCGGCUGAUCAAGGUGGUUUGACGAUACUUGAGGAAUUGGGGGAGGCUGGAGUUGCAUUUGAGAUCGCCGUAGGUAGGAAUGGAAAAGUCUGGGUGGAUAGCAAGUCGGUAAAAACGACUUUGGCAAUAGGAAAGGCUAUACAAGAAACAGACGAAAAGAGCCUUUCACCGGAAGAUCAAAAGAAACUAGCUAAAAAGUUGGGACGCGAUGCUUGA